AUGCUCGACGGUGCGUCUCUGCUCGCCGGCCAUCGCGGGACCCUGCUUCGUGCGACGAUCGCGCCCGAAGGCACGCACGUCCUCGCCCCUUUUAUCCGUCUGUGCACGGCGACCUUUCGGUCAUCACAGCGCAUGGUGCGAGCAGCUUCGCACCGCCGCUCGCAUAGUGCAUACACGUAUGCCGACAGGGCAGGCGCACCGAGGAUAACGCGACGGCACCCCCGGCCUGUCGCCAUGGCCAACGUGCAUGCUUCCCGGGUUCCUCGCGACGUCGACGAUCCAUGUCUCGUCCAGCACGAGCAUGAUCGGGAUCCGAUAGGGGACGCUAUGCUGUUGCAUUUGCGACGAUGUGGCGUCAGGGAGAACUGGCGGAGGGGCGUCCGGAGUUUUUCCGCCUGUGCAACACUUGUGCCAGUACAGAAGGAUAGGAGCGUGCUGCGACGCACGGGGUAUGCAGCAAUUUGA